AUGCGAUUUCUGUCACGCUCACAGCAGGCCGAUGCCAUUUCUCGGAGUGAGCCCUAUCAAGACAGUCUUGACACCAAGAAUGAAGCAAAACAUGGUGUAGAACACCAUGAGAACAUCAAUGCCAUAGAAGAACCCACCGAGUGGAAGAAGAUCGACUUGAAAGAGGAUGGCGAUGUAGCCCAAAGACUCUUCGCCUCACAGACUCAUGAGCCCAUCGACCCGGCCGAGGAAGCAAGAGUAGUGAGGAAGAUCGAUUUCAUGAUCUUACCAUACCUAGCUGUCUGCUACGCUUUCUUUUACAUCGACAAAACGACUCUGAGCUAUGCCGCCAUCUUCGGCAUCCGCGAAGACUUGAAGAUCCAUGGCCAACAAUACAGCUGGUUGUCGUCCAUCUUCUACUUUGGCUUCUUGGUUUGGGCUUUGCCGACCAACUUCUUGAUGCAAAGGUUCCCGAUUGGAAAAUACUUGGGAGCGAAUAUCUUUAUGUGGGGAGCUUUGCUCAUGUGUCAAGCGGCAGCGACGAACUUUACUACUCUGGCUGUUCUGAGAGCUCUUUCAGGGGCUGCAGAGGCGUGUUCAGACCCGGCGUUUAUGAUCAUUACAUCGAUGUGGUAUUCAAGACGUCAGCAACCCAUUAGGAUGGGUCUGUGGUACACGGCUAAUGGAUUCGGUAUUGCUCUUGGUGGUCUUCUGGGCUAUGGCAUUGGUCACAUCAGAGCAAGUUUGCCCUCCUGGAAGUUCGAGUUCCUUAUCAUCGGAGCCCUCUGCUGUGUAUGGGGUAUAGUCAUGAUGAUUUUCCUUCCAGACAGUCCGGUUACCGCAAAAGGCCUCAACGAAAGAGAAAAGAGGAUAGCCGUAGAGAGACUGAGGGACAACCAGACUGGUAUUGAGAACAAGCAUCUGAAGUGGUAUCAGGUCCGCGAAGUUUUUACAGAAAAUGGUGGUAUUUCCAACUUUGGCACCAUCAUCAUCAAGGGGUUCGGAUUCAGCACCCUCGUCACAACGUUGAUGCAGGUUCCCUACGCCAUCAGUAUUCUCACUUGCGUGUUCUUGAACGACAAGUUUGCAUCCAAAGGUAGUCAGACGAGAUGCUAUUUCAUCCUUCUGUUUCUGCUACCGAACAUCAGCGGAUCUUUCGGACUCGCAUUUUUGGCUGCCGAUAAUAAAGCUGGAAGACUGAUUUGCUACUACCUGACUGGUCCCUAUAAUGCAGCUUUUGUCAUGAUUUUGUCUUUGACCACAGCCAACGUCGCUGGACAUUCGAAGAAGGUGGUGACGAACGCCAUACUAUUCCUUGGGUAUUGCACAGGCAACAUCGCAGGACCGUUCUUCUAUAAACAAUCGCAGAGUCCUCGCUACGAGCUCGGCAUUUGGAGCAUGAUCGUAAGCCACUUGAUCGAAGUCUGCGUCAUCCUCUUGCUGCGCAUGCUCUUGAGCAGAGAGAAUCGCCGUCGCGACAGAAUCCAGAGUGCUUUGCCUGGUGGUUUAGAGGGCAGAGACCUGAAUGCGACUGCAUUCGCGGAUCUGACUGAUCGUGAAAAUGAGAAUUUCAGAUACAUUUACUGA